AUGUUUUUUGUUUUCAUUGAUUUAAAACAUGGCGUCUGAAGGAGAGGCGGGUAGUGCUGCUACAACCGAACCGGAGACCGGAGAGGGGGAUGCUGCAUUUGGGGAGCUACCCAUCAGCAUGGAUACUGAAUCUUCAAAUGGCAAAGAGGGAAUGGAGACGGCCGGUGAAGGCUCCGAGGCUGCUGAUGCUCUGACUGGAUCAGGAGAUGAGGAGAGUGGGAGGCAGCUGGGGGAGGUGGAGCUGCAGUGUGCCCUGUGUAUGAAGUGGUUCACUGCAGACACAUUUGGCAUCGACACGGCGACCUGUCUUCCCUUCAUGACCAAUUAUGUGUUUCACUGCAACGUGUGCCAUCACAGCGGUAACACAUACUUCCUCAGGAAGCAAGCAAACCUGAAGGAGAUGUGUCUCACAGCCCUGGCAAACCUGACGUGGAGAUCCAGAACACAGGAAGAGCACCCGAAGACCAUGUUCUCCAAAGACAAGGAUAUCAUACCCUUCAUCGACAAGUACUGGGAGUGCAUGACAACUCGUCAGCGACCGGGGAAGCUCACCUGGCCCAACAACAUUGUGAAAACAAUGAGUAAAGAGCGAGAUGUUUUUCUGGUGAAGGAACAUCCUGACCCCGGCAGUAAAGACCCAGAGGAGGAGUACCCCAAGUUUGGCCUGUUGGACCAGGACCUGGGAAACAUUGGACCCUCAUAUGACACACAGAAACAGACCACUGCUACUCCCACAGCCGGUGGGCUCAACGGUGGAUCUGCUUUCUCAGGUGCUUUGGCCCCUGGUCCAGGAAAAGGAAGAGGAGCCAAACGUAAACAGCAGCAGCAGCAGGAGGGAACGGCUGCAGGCGCCACGAAGAGAACCCGCAGUGACCCCCUGUUCUCAGCCCAGCGCCUCCCUCCUCACGGUUACCCGCUGGAGCACCCCUUUAAUAAAGACGGGUACCGUUACAUCCUGGCAGAACCAGACCCCCACGCCCCAGACCCGGAAAAGCUGGAGCUGGACUGCUGGGCUGGCAAACCCAUACCUGGUGAUCUGUACCGGGCCUGUCUGUAUGAGCGGGUGCUGCUGGCCUUACACGACAGAGCGCCUCAGCUGAAGAUCUCCGACGACCGCCUGACAGUGACUGGGGAGAAGGGUUACUCCAUGGUCAGAGCCUCCCACGGCAUUCGCAAAGGCUCCUGGUACUUUGAGGUUUCUGUCGAUGACAUGCCUCCAGAGACCGCGGCCAGGCUCGGCUGGUCUCAACCUCUCGGAAACCUGCAGGCACCUCUGGGUUACGACAAGUUCAGCUACUCGUGGCGCAGCAAGAAGGGCACACGCUUCCACCAGUCCAUAGGAAAGCAUUACUCCUCAGGCUACGGUCAGGGAGACACGCUGGGCUUCUUCAUCGAGCUGCCUGACGGCACAGAGACGGCCAAGGCUCUGCCUGAUACGUACAAGGACAAGGCGCUGAUUAAGUUCAAGAGCUACCUGUACUUUGAGGAGAAGGACUAUGUGGACAAAGCAGAGAAGAGCCUGAAGUCGACGAGCCCCAGCAGGAUGAUAUUCUAUAAAAACGGAGUGAGCCAUGGUGUUGCGUUUGAAAACCUGUUUGAAGGCAUAUACUUCCCGGCCAUCUCGCUCUACAAGAGCUGCACGGUUUCAGUCAAUUUUGGGCCUCAUUUCAAAUACCCGCCGAAGGACAUCAAGUACCAGCCGAUGAGCGACAUGGGCUGGUUAGCCGUGACCGAACACACCCUGGCCGACAUGCUGUACCACGUGGAGACGGAGGUGGACGGACGACGCAGCCCUCCGUGGGAGGGAUGAGCGCGGCGUGAAUUCAGUACGCACACUCCCACGGUCAAAACAUUACUCCUCCUUCAGACAGUAAAAUUAAAUCACCACACGCUGAAGUUAAACCGUGAAAUCGCGGCUGAUUUCAACUCUUGCGAUUUUAACAUUUCCAGAACAGGAAGUGAAAAACAAAAUAAAUUUAUCCCGAGCUGAUUACUCCAAGCUUUUAAUGGAUGGCUGCAUAUCAUCAUUUGCCGUCAGCAGACAUUCCACCCUGAACAUUUAACAACUGAAUCAGCUUAUUUCUGGUGCUCUGCUCUGAAAUAUGUUUAUUUUGAAGUAACCGUUAUACUGUAUACUGGACCUACCUGGAUGUUAUAACACAUUUUUUUUGGGUGUCAUCUGCGUAUAGCUGCGGCCAAACAGACCCACGUCAACAUUUCUCACAGUCGUUCUGUAGACAACAGUUGAUUCUGUCUUUUUGCUAAUUUUAUUUGUUUUACGUGUGUCAGUUAUUUACUGUUUUAUACUCUGGGUUAAAUAAAAAAAAUGCUACAUGGACAAA